AGAAUGAACCGGAAUUACUACAGUAUGAAAACAAUCAAGAGAUGGCAACAUUAAUGAAUAUGUUAACACAAGCUAACAGAGAUAAACAACUGUCUCACUAUAAUAACGAAUACAAUGAACCAGAUAGCAACGAUAUGUACGAUAUCAAUAUUGAAAGUGCAGAAAAUGCAGCCGUGCAAGGAGCGGCCACAAAAUUGAUAGCAGCACAGAAAAAGGGACAAAGUGAAUAUGUGGGAUUCAUUGAACCGAAAGUUUCAAAUCAAAUGAAGCACAGGGAAAUGUUGGAAAAACGGGUAGAAGAUAUUCAAAUAGUCCAGAAACCUAACUUAAAACCAGUGCUUCAUCUCGGUAAUUUCCUAACUUUAGCAGUAGCAACAGUUUGCAUGUUAGCAGUGGUAGUUGGAGUCGCAACUGGCAGUUACUAUUUUUUCAAGGAUCGAUCUGAAAAAUCUGCAGCUGAUAGUUCUGAUUUCACAUACGCACCUACCGGCCCUGGAAAGAGCAAGAAAAAGAAGAAUGGUGAUGAAGGACUGGCAUAUAAGGCACAUUUACAUCACUAUCAGCAAGCAAAGCAGAAGAUAAUAUCAAGUGAAAACGGAGCAGUAAUUCUUCCUCAUGGAUAUGAAAGCGGUGAAACGUCCGAUGACGAGAACGAUUUUUCGGUAUAUGAAUGCCCUGGUUUAGCACCAACCGGUGAUAUUGAAGUACAAAAUCCAAAUUUCAUUUCGCGAACCUGA